AUGGAUACCGACGACAAUGAAGUUCAGGAUUUGGAAUUGGAGCCAGGUGGAGCUCUGGAGUCCAUGAUCAUCCCAAUCAGUGAGGAAGGACUAUUGGAACAUGAAGGGGUCGAAAGCCCCCGCUUGGCUUUCAAAGAGGGCUUCGACGAGAGGCUUCCAAGCACAGUAAGAGAGAAUACCCGCUUUUGCAACGGAGACUCUUCGAAGGAGUCAUCAUGCGAAGUUCACGAAGAGGAGUCCCGGGAGCCGAUCGACCUCACCGCCUACCGGAAGCACAUUUUCGUUUUCUCAGAAGCCGGAAAGCCGAUAUACUCGCGGCACGGAGACGAAGAUCUUCUCGCUUCCACCAUGGGUAUCAUGCAGGCCUUAUCGUCCUGCAUUCAAAAUCGGAACCAGGAUCAGAUCCGUUUCAUGAAAGCGGGGAAACAUCGUUUCGUUUAUCUUCUCCGUUUGCCCCUCGUACUGGUCGGCGUGAGCAGCGACCCGUUCCUCUCCUUCCAACAGCUCCAAAACCACCUACUCUACAUGUACAACGAGAUCGUCUGCGUCCUGACGCACACGGUUCUCACGAAUGUUUUUGAAAAACGCAGCAACUUUGAUCUACGCAGAAUUUUAGGCGGCUCGGAAAAACAAUUCGACGCUCUAGCUGAUCGUAUGGAUGUGGAUCCGAGUUUCCUGCUCGGGGCCGUGCGCUGUCUGCCUCUGGCCGCCAGCGUCCGAGAUCAGAUCACCCAGGCAAUCGUGCAAUCGUGCAAUAAGGUGAAAGACCUCGUGUUCGCAAUCCUAGUCGCCGACAAUCAUCUGGUCACCAUGGGGAGAAUGAAGCGCUAUCAACUCCAUCCCGUAGAUCUGCACUUGAUCUUCAAUCUUGUCCAAAGCUCCCAGAACCUCAAAGAUGCCGAGACCUGGUUCCCGAUCUGUUUGCCGAAGUUCAACGCGGCGGCUUUCCUGCACGCUCACGUGUCGUAUCUCGACGAAGAAUGCGUGUCGUGUCUCCUCUUGAUAAGCGCUCAGCGUGACCAAUUCUUCGAGCUGCAGGAGUGCCGCGCGAAAAUCGUUGAACGGAUGACGAAGAACAAGCUCUUCCCUGUGAUAGCCCAGUCUGUGAAAAUGGCCGGGUAUUCCGCCCGUGAAACGGGCAUUUUCGACCUACGUCACUUUAUCUACAAAGCGAAGUCAUCAGCCCAGCUGAGUUCUCCCCGUUACGAAACCGUUUACCUCCAGGAGGAUAGUCAGCGUCGUCUGAUCGGAUUGUACCAUCUGCUUCACGCUAGAAUGUUCAAUUCCGGACGGCCCUUGAAGAUUCUUUACUGUGCAGGCGAGAGAGAAACUCAGCUCGGCUGGCAUAUGGUAGGCUUCGAAUUGUACGCGACUUUUGAGCCUCUAAUAUCGAAGGAGGGCGCUGUGAAAGCUAUGAACAAACUCCUCUAUUGGAUCAAGAAGGAAGAAGACCGACUGUUCAUUAUGAACUCGGCGACGUUCUGA